AUGUCCAACAACCCUACUGUCGUAAUUGUGCCGGGCUCAUGGCAUUGCCCGAAACAUUACAAAUACCUCAUCGACGGACUGGCAAAGUUCAACUACGAAGCUGUCGGCGUGACAUUACCGUCUGUUAAUUCAAGCCCUCCCCAUGCCAGCUGGGAUCAAGAUGCCCAAGCCGUCCGUGAGGUUAUCAUGAAGAGCCUUGUCAAUGGCAAUGAUGUCAUUGCGGUCGCGCACUCGUUUGGUGGCGUUGCCAUGUCUGAGGCUGUGAAAGGCUUGGGCAAGGAAGCGCGCGAGAAGCAAGGUUUAAAGGGCGGUGUUGUGCGACUGAUCUACAUGUGUGCUAUGGCGCUGCCUGAGGGUCAGACUCAUGUUGGUCAGAUCCAGCCCCAGACACCGGAGGAAGAGGAGCUGGAGCGGCAACGCCAGGAGCUACAGGCAAAGUACGGGGGCAUGCGUUUUACAGAGGAUGGAGCUAUGCUUCUAGACAAGGAGGUCAUUCGAGAUGUUUUUUAUAAUCGCUGUGAUCCCCAAGAUGUGGAUGAGGCAGUGGAACUCCUGGGCUCAUUUCCAACAGGCCCUCUCACUGUACCUGUGACUUACACGGCCUACCGUGAGAUUCCUAGUACAUACAUCGUCUGCGAGAACGACAAGGCCCUAGCGCUAUCCUAUCAAGAGAGAAUGAUUGCACAAGGCGAUGGUGUUUUCCAUGUUGAAAGAUGCCAAGAGGGACACUCACCGUUUUUGAGCAAUCCGACUUUUGUCGUGGACUGUAUUCGUCGUGCUGCUGGAGAGAACGUAUAA